UGCAGAGUAGUUGGCAUGGACUGUAGCGCCCGGGAGCAAGGUCGAAACCCAGUCGAUUUUCCCAUUUCCAUUUGGCCCAAUUGACCAAUUCUCAUUUUCAUCGCCUACUCAUAAAUCAUAAGGUAUGUCGCUGCAGGCAUAUCUCUGCCCAGUGCACGUGACUGCUCCUGUCUCACGUGCCAAGACAACAUGGAUCAAUCUCCGCCGUCCAUCAUCGUCAUCAUUACCCUUUUGGAUUUCCCGGCAGCCUAUACCGCUCGUUGUUUGGUCGCUCCCCACCGUGAGGAGCUCGACUGGACUGCCGUUUCUUGAUUUCAAAGGUGGCAAAGGAAUGAGUGGGUUUGUUGAUAUUGAACUAAAGGUGCGUGAUUACGAGCUGGAUCAGUUUGGAGUUGUAAACAAUGCCGUUUAUGCGAGCUAUUGUCAACAUGGUCGUCAUGAACUUCUGGAGAGGAUUGGUGUCAGUGCUGAAGCUGUUGCUCAAACUGGUGAUGCUUUGGCACUGUCAGAAUUGUCACUAAAAUUCCUUGCCCCUCUAAGAAGUGGAGAUAGGUUUGUUGUGAAAGUGAGGAUUUCUGGAUCUUCUGCGGCUCGCUUAUACUUUGAUCACUUCAUUUUCAAGCUGCCAAGUGAGGAGCCUAUUUUGGAAGCAAAAGCAACAGCAGUUUGGCUUGACAAAAAUUAUCGUCCUGUGCGUAUUCCAUCCGAUUUUAGAUCUAAAUUGGUUCAGUUUCUCAGACAUGAGGAGUCUAAUUAGCUUAAUCAUAUGGCAAGAAAUUGCUUACUGUAACCAUAUAUUCUCACACUUGUCUUAAUUAUUUACUUGCAAAGAAAAGAGGUUGAAUAUGAAAAGAGAUUUUUUUCUUUUCCCCCA